AUGUCCACCUCUAAGCUCAUUGCCACUUCCUUCAUUGUUUUGCUUCUCUUCCACCUCGCUUUUGCUGCUAGACUAGUUCCCCAUGGCUUGUUUCCCAGAGGUGGGGGUGGCGGAGGAGGAGGAGGAGGGGGAGGGGGUGGUGGCUCUGGGGGUUCCGGAUAUGGAUCUGGAUACGGGUCGGGAUAUGGGUCUGGCUAUGGGUCUGGCGGUGCAAAUGGUGGCGGUGGGGGCGGUGGGGGCGGCAGGGGUGGAGGUGGCGGCGGUGGUUCUGGGGGUUCUGGUUAUGGCUCUGGCUAUGGCUACGGUGAAGGAGGUGGCUACGGAGAAGGGGGCGGAGGCAGAGGAGGUGGCGGGGGCAGCGGUGGCGGCGGCGGAGGAGGGGGAGGAGCAGGUAGAUAUGGUAGUGGCUCCGGCUAUGGUUCAGGGUAUGGCGGUGGCUACGGUGGCGGCGGUGAUUGA